CAGCGCAAUAGAGCGUCCAGAGUCUAGACAGUCGAAUUAUAUUUUUCCACCAUCAUACUCCUUAACAAAAUUUAUCAAUAAGUACAUAUACAUAUAGAUAUAUAUUUGCUACGAAAUUAAAAAACUAUAUUUUGAAUAUAAAAUAAACAAUUCACAAUUCGUGAGCAUAAUUACGGGCGUGGUAAGCCAACCAAAAUAAAUAUGAGUUGUGGAUUUGUUACUUGCGGUCCAAAUGAGGCUCUUGUUGUGUCAGGAUGCUGCUAUGGGAAACCUCUGCUUGUACCUGGUGGAAGAGUAUUUGUGUGGCCGAUUGUUCAACAAGUGCAAAAAAUUUCAUUGAAUACUAUGACGUUACAAGUCGAGAGUCCAACUGUUUAUACCUGUCAGGGUGUACCUAUUUCGGUAACUGGAAUCGCACAGGUAAAAAUCCAAGGACAGAAUGAGGAAAUGUUAUCAACAGCAUGCGAGCAAUUUUUAGGAAAAAAUGAGGACGAAAUUCACAAUAUCGCACUGGUGACACUCGAAGGACAUCAACGUGCGAUAAUGGGCAGUAUGACAGUCGAAGAAAUUUACAAAGACCGUAAAAAGUUCAGCAAAGAAGUGUUUGAAGUCGCCAGUAGUGAUCUCGUCAACAUGGGCAUCACCGUCGUCUCAUACACUUUGAAAGACAUCCGUGAUGAGGAGGGUUAUUUAAAAGCCCUCGGUAUGGCGCGUACUGCAGAAGUUAAACGAGACGCGCGAAUUGGUGAAGCUGAGGCACGACGAGAUGCACAGAUGCGUGAAGCCAUCGCCGAAGAACAACGAAUGGCUUCACGUUUUCUCAAUGACACUGAAAUAGCAAAAGCGCAACGUGACUUUGAGUUGAAAAAAGCUGCUUAUGAUGUUGAAGUUCAAACUAAAAAAGCUGAAGCGGAAAUGGCUUUUGAAUUGCAAGCAGCGAAAACAAAGCAGCGUAUUAUGGAAGAGCAGAUGCAAGUAAAAGUUGUGGAACGUGGUCAAGAAAUAGCUGUCCAGGCACAGGAAAUGGUGCGUCGCGAACGCGAAUUAGAUGCGACUGUAAAACGUCCAGCUGAUGCUGAAAAGUACCGGCUUGAGAAAAUGGCCGAGGCUAAUAAAUUGAGACUCGUUAUGGAGGCUGAGGCUGAGGCCGAAGCGAUCAGAAUUCGUGGUGAGGCUGAAGCGUUCGCUAUUGAGGCGAAAGCCAAAGCUGAGGCCAGCCAGAUGGCCAAGAAAGCCGCGGCUUGGAACGAGUACGGACACGCUGCUAUGGUCGAUAUGAUGCUGGACACUCUGCCCAAAGUAGCUGCCGAAGUCGCCGCCCCGUUGUCUCAAGCAAAGAAGAUCACGAUGGUCUCCAAUGGCAGUGGAAGUAUCGGAGCUGAAAAACUUACUGAAGAAGUUCUGAAUAUUGUAGCGCGUGUUCCUGAAUUAGUUAAAACUCUCGCUGGAGUCGACGUCGCUAAGUCGGUCCAUGCAGCAUAGACACAAAUUUCUUCCAAAGAUUAUAAUUAAUUAAUUAAUUAAUGAAUCAUUUAUUAUUUAAUUAUAAAGUUUUAAUUUAAUUUAUAUUUAAAUUAAUGUUACAUUUGAAAUUAUUAUUUUGCA